AACAACGCGGGUUGCUAUUGGUAGGAUCCAGCACUUACCCCAAUGGCGUGACACCUUGCUCAAAAUUCGGCCCGCCUCAGCACGCCAUCUUACUGCUAGUUAGCCUGACCGCUGAGCUGUAUUUUUUCUGAGUGGCAGUGAACCAGCCAUGCCGCAUUAUCAGACCUGGGAGGAAUUUACCCGCGCGGCCGAGAAACUGUAUAUGUCCGACCCUAUGAAGGUCCGUGUGGUACUCAAAUAUCGACACUGUGAUGGGAAUUUGUGCAUCAAAGUAACAGACGAUAUAGUUUGUCUACUCUACAGGACAGACCAGGCUCAAGAUGUAAAGAAGAUUGAGAAAUUCCACAGUCAACUAAUGCGACUCAUGGUAGCCAAAGAAUCCCGCAGUGUUGCCAUGGAAACAGACUGAAUAGCUGGAAAUAAAAUGAAUGCUCCAGUCAUAUUUCACAGAAGGAAAAUAUCACUUGAUAUAGGGCAGAUUUUUUGACAGAAGUGUGGUGGCAUCAAGUGGAUUAUUUAAAAUCUAAAGUGGGUUUUGUAAGGAUUUUCAGGCUCCACUUUGGAGUGGUGAGGAAACUAUGCUUUCAUUAGAAAGCCUCUAUUUAUUUUUUUUAAUUUGAGCAAAAGAGUAUAUCCUCUUUUGGAAAUACUAAAGGUUAAAAUAUGUUAGACUAGAUUUGUAUACUUCCUUUUGUAAAUCUUCAACACUCUGUCUGAAAAUAAGAGGAAACAAGUGUGGUCCUUCUCUGAGAGGACUGCAACAUGGCUAUAAAAGAGGGAUUUCUUAUUGUUCUUGUUAAAUUUUUAUGUUGCUUUGUUGGCUAAAGUGAGGAGGACAGUGAAUUAUUAAUGUAGAAACUGGAUGUAAUAAACCUUUAUAUAUGGGUAUAUUGAGUUAGCAAUAGCAUCUUACAGAAAAUGGAUUAAAAUUGCCAAAAUGUACAGUUGGCAAUAAAACUACUCUCACUUGAUUCAAAACUGAUACUGGCCUGAACAUCAUCAAUAUAUAUUGCCUAUUCAAUAGUCACAUAACAUUUGAUAAGGAAUAUCUCCUGUUAAUGACAGGCAAGUGUUUACAGUAACAGAUUCAGUACUAUUUGGAAUGUGUUAUUCUGGUUUUCCCAGUGUAUUUUGAUGCAGCUAAGACAUCUGUAAAAGUUUUUUAAAUGCCCUAUACUAUAUUGUCUUCAUCUUUUAAGCUUUACAUAUUUCUUGUGGUAAAGAUACUAUAAUCACCAAACACUACUCUGAGUGGUAUUAGAUACUGUUAAAUACAAGAGUCAGAGAGGGAAAACUCAACAACUACAUAAGUUGUCAUUUAUAAAGUGGUGUAUGUACUUAGUGUCAAAUCAAAACUGUCUUCAUUAUACCUCUUCACCAAGAAACUGGUCCUUCAAUAUUGUCAAAAUAUGGUAAAGAAACCAUUACUUACGCAGAUGGUGUUGAGAUUAGUAUACUUCUUACAGCAUAAUCAAUUGUCUUAUGUCACUUGAGAUGCUGAUAUGAGAUCAGCAGAAUAAAAGACUUGCCAUUA